AUGGGGAGCUGGGCACAAUCCCAAAAUACUCCAAAUUCCGACUGGGAGAAGAAGGUAACUGACUACUUCAAAGAGAAAUUAAAGGAAAAUAAUGCUACUAAUUGGGUCCCAUCGCUGAAUGAUGUUCCUGUACAUUACCUGAAACCCAACAGUUUAGUGAAAUUUCGCUGUAUGGUUCAAGAUAUGUUUGAUCCUGAGUUUUAUAUGGGUGUAUAUGAAACAGUUGACCCAAACACAAAUGCACGUGUUUUGCAUUUUGGUAAAUACAGAGAUGUGGCAGAAUGUGGGCCACAGCAGGAAAUUGAUAUGAACUCCUCACAAACAGUCACCUUGGAAAGACAGACAUUCUACUGCGUUCCGGUGCCUGGGAAUCAGGACAGUGCCAGCCAAGCUCGAGUUAGUCCUUCAACAUCCUACACACCAAGUCGCCACAAGAGGAGCUAUGAGGAGGAUGAGGACAUGGAGCAACAUCCAUCUAAACAGAAAGAGCAGCACAUGGGCAGUGGAGGUGAUAGUCAUGGAUGUGGGGAGCCGAAAAGAUUAGAAACUGAAGCUUCUGCAGGUCAUCAUCUCAUUUCUCCCAACUGUUCACCUCCUCUUGACUUGAAUUUUCCAUUGCCAGGGGAGAAAGGACCAGCAUGUCUUGUAAAGGUAUAUGAGAGCUGGGAUACCUUCAAAGUCAAUGAUGUUCUGGAGGUGUAUGGUAUUUUGUCUGUGGAUCCAGUGCUGAGUAUAGUGAACAACGAAGAGAGGGAUAGCUCAACCCUGGAUCCUAUGGAGUGCAUGGACACAGCAGAAGAGCAGAGAGUACACAGUCCUCCAUCCUCAUUAGUCCCCAGAAUCCACGUGAUUUUGGCACAUAAAUUGCAACAUCUUAAUCCAUUACUGCCUGCUUGCCUUAAUGAAGAAGAGAGUAAAACCUUUGUGUCUAAUUUCAUGUCUGAGCUGUCACCAGUUAGAGCAGAGUUGCUUGGGUUCCUCACACAUGCCCUCUUGGGAGACAGUUUGGCUGCAGAGUACCUUAUAUUGCAUCUCAUCUCUACAGUUUAUGCGAGACGAGAUGUGCUUCCUCUGGGAAAAUUCACAGUCAACUUGAGUGGAUGUCCAAGGAACAGCAUCUUCACAGAGCACAUCUACCGCAUCAUCCAGCAGCUCGUCCCAGCUUCCUAUCGCCUCCAAAUGACGAUUGAAAACAUGAACCACUCACGAUUUAUCCCACGCAAAGACUACACAGCUAAUCGCUUAGUCAGUGGAAUACUGCAGCUCGCCAGCAACACUUCCCUUGUCAUAGAUGAGACUCAGCUUGAGCAAGGACAGCUUGACACAAAAGGUGUGCACAAUGUGAAAGCCUUGGGUAAUCUGAUAACUUGGCAGAAAGUGGAUUAUGACUUCAGUUACCACCAGAUGGAAUUCCCAUGCAAUAUUAACGUUCUUAUCACCUCAGAGGGCCGAUCGCUCCUACCGUCAGAUUGCCAAGUCCAGUUACAACCACAGAUAAUUCCACCAAACAUGGAGGAGUACGUGAACAGCCUCCUAACUGCAGUGCUCCCUUCUGUGUUGAACAAAUUUCGAAUUUACCUAACUCUACUGAGACUGCUGGAUUACAGCAUAUCUGAUGAAGUGACAAAGGCAGUUGAAGAAGACUUUGUGGAAAUGCGCAAGAAUGACCCCGAGAGCAUAACUGCUGAUGACCUGCACAGAACUCUGCUUGUAGCAAGGUUCCUGUCCCUCAGCGCGGGGCAGACGACGCUGUCAAGAGAGAGGUGGCUGAGAGCAAAACAACUGGAGGCACUGCGUAAAGCCAGGCUUCAGCAGCAAAAGUGUGUUAAUGGAAAUGAACUUUAA